AUGGAUCUAAAUACUAAAAUACAUUAUGCUAAUAAAUAUAAGAUUCAUUAACAAAUAAAACAUAUUGUUGAUAAUUUUUCAAAAAGAGAAAAAUGGUUUGAAGUAUGCUUGUAGAAGUUGGCAGAUUUUACCAAGGAAAAUUAAUUAUAAAAGAUUGCCUUUCCUUAUAAAAUUGGUUGUGACAUAACAGGAGGUAAGUGGGAAAACUACAAAAAAAUGAUUUAAGAAUUUUCAGAAAAAAAUACAGGUUUAAAAAUAUACAUAGUCUAACAGCAGGAAUGA